AGAUGGCAGCCUCCAUGAAAUGAAAAAUUCCUGAAGAUUUUCUGUCCAAAAUGUCUCGAAUUCUCCGAAAUGACAACAGCAAUCAAGUCAUUACUGUCAUUGGCAAUAUAGCUGAGUCUCUGCUGAACAAUCCAGAUAUUGUGAAGUGUAUUAGAGAUGAGGAAGGUCACUGUUUUUCCAACUGUGUUGAUCAGAUUUUGCAGAAUCUGGAUAUUCAGCAUCCUGUUGGUUCACUGCUGCAGGCGACAGCUCGGGCCCACCAUGCCACGUAUAGUUCAUGCAGCAAAACGUUACUCUCCAUGAUAUAUUAUUGGAAUCGUUCAGCCGAGACCCUUUUGGAUCAGGGAGUACCGGUGGAAGAGAUUACGCGAUACUUCCAACAGGGUGUCCGGCUGUGUAUCGAUGAGUUGGAUUCAAUUGCGAUCCAAAUUGAGGCAGCCCCAUCUUUUGUCAGCCGCGAGUAUCGCCAUCGCCAACAGGCCAAAGCUGAAUGUCACAAAUCUCGCUCAAGUCAUCCUGAUCCUGUUUGUAAUCUUGCAAAUUUGACAAUGUUCCAACGACAAGAAAACGAUAGAAUACUCCGAUCUACAGAACGAACCCAAAGCAAUGUUGAAGAACCCUCAAAUCAUGCUCUCUCAAAAAGCAAGGAAAUUGGUUCCAGUAAUGCCUCAAUUUUCCUUGGCAACCAGGUCAACCCGUUUGGUUACGAUACAACACAGUGUGUUGCCAUGUGUCCAAUUGAAAACAAGUUUGCAAAAGCGCAGAACUGUGAAAGUAUUUUGAAAACUGAUCAUGAUUCUGAUAGGCCAGAAACCGAUGUUUGGCGACAAAGUGGUCUGAGUGAUAGGUCUGUGUUGGGUGACGGGACGAACGAAGGCUACUCGUCCAGUAUGAAGGAAGCAGCUCUCUCAUUUUGCCUUGAUGGUUUAGACUGUGACGGGGCUCUGCCCAUCAUGUGUGGUGAUGCAGGGGACUUUUUGCAUUUAUCUCCUAAUCGUUGCGACAUUGCCCAAACUGAUUCGAAAACAUCUGGAGAUCUAAAUUCUGUCGAGUUGCAGAAUAUCCGAGACCAGGAUUCUGGUGUCGGCGUAAAUGAUUCGGACGAUGUAUCUUGGUACUUUGAUAGCGCAACUGAGGCCGACGGUUCCAUAAUUGACAACGAUUUCUACGCUGCAAUGGCCAAUAUCUCUCGGGUCUUUAGUACGAUUGGUGGGGGCUUGAACGGCUCACGGGCAACAAUGGAAGCCAUGUUUCCAAUAUCUAGAGCACCAGUCAGAGGUCAAGGUCAGAAUGGUUUCCAAAUAGGUCAAGGUGAAAGUGGUGUUCAACUUGAAGGUCAUGGUCACAGUGUCAUUCCAGCUGGAGAUCAAGGUCAUAAUGAUGCCAAUGUGAGAAGUUCUAAUCAGAUUGAUGUUGUGUCGCAUAACCAUAGUUUGAAUUCGAAGGUGAAGGGUGAAGGUCAGUGUGACAUUGAGAUGAGUGGUCAAGGUCAAAAUGAUGUAAAAGGUCAAACUGGUGAUGAAAUCAACUUCAAUGACUGUGCAGGAGAAGAAAACAGUGCUACAGCAAAUGAUGACAUGUCUUGGUAUUUUGACCAAUCAGAAAUGCCAAUAUCUCGUCCAUCCAUGGCCGCAUCUUCGGGCAUAGAUUCAAUUUGUCAAGAAGAUCAAAUUCCCACGUUUCAACCAUCCGAGACAAAGCGUCCGUCGCAAACAGGUCUAACUUCUCCUUACAGUAGUCUUAAAGAAAAUUGUCAUGACGUUGAUUUUGAAGAUUGCUUUGCACAAGUAGAAGAGUCUAAAAUUUUACUCUCUGGUGUCAAAACAGAUGAUGAUGAUGAUGAUGAUGAUGAUGAAUUUGGUGCAUGUUUUGAGGGGGUGAAAUUCUUGGAGAGGGCAACUGAGGAUAACCGAAGGACUUGUGCUGCACGUGAUUCAAAUACAGGUGCAAAUAAUCUAAAUGUUGCCAAGGCAGAUGACAUCGAUGAAGAAUUUGAUGCCUGUUUUGAGGGUGUGAAAUUCUUUGAUAGGGCAACUAAGGCUGAGACGAGGACAGAUGCAAAUUUUCUUUCAAAGAAAUAUGCAAAUGAUUCAAAUGUAAACAAUGAAGUUGACGUCUGCUUGGGAUCAAUCAAGACGUCUGUGUGUCCAACUUGUCCCGGUGUGUUUACAACUGAAGAUUGUGCGUCUGCAGGGCUGUGUUCAUUUGGGAAGAAUAAUUGGCAACAAAAUUUCGAUUCAAGUGUUAUGAUUGAAAAUCGAGAAUUGAAAGAUGUUGAUUCUUCUAAGAGUAGUUUUGAAACUCUCCUCGGUGCUAAAAUUAAAGAAAAAAACUCUGGAUUUAGAAAUAGAAUUCAAAACUCCUGCCGGCAUUUCAAAACAUUCGAAACAUCCAUUCAAGAAAUGGAGAGGAACACCAAUGUGUCUGAGUCGACUUCUGACUCUGUUACCGAAUUAUCAAAAACUGAGUUUGAGAAAUCUCAAAGUGAGUUACUUGAAUCUCAAGAUGAGAGCGUUAAAUCUCAAAAUGCGACAUUUGGGACUAAGUUCGAUGCAGAAGCUGUUGAUUUUGAAAAUGUCCUGGCGGGAAAACUUGCAGAAAAGAAAAAAUCCUUUGAAAAGAGUGUUCGAAAUUCGUGCAGACAUUUUAAAUCUUUUGAAACAUCUGUGCAAUCAAUGAACAAAAGUUUAUCCUCUGUUCAAGAAUUGGAAAAGUCCGCUCGGGGAAAUUUAGCUUCAACUGGCGAAUCUUUAGCUUCAGAUGUGCUCCAGAUUAUGGAUUCUGAUGAUGUAUCAUGGUAUUUUGAUUCUGCUCAGGGUCCAAGAAAAAAUGCAGAAAAUAUUGAAUGUUUUCAGACAAGUGCCGUUAAGAGCAACCAGCAUUUGUCAAAAUCGAAGGCGUUUAACAAAUCGUGUGCAGAAUCAAAAACUGUAAGAAAAACAGACAGUAUUGAGGAGGAUUUUCAAAUAUCGUCGCCAGGCAAUCGCGAAAUUAGGCCCCAGGAUUGGUCCACGGGAUUGAUGGAGGAAAAUUGCAAAAAGGGACUUAGUGUUGAGAAAAUUGGCGAAAAGGGACUUAAUGUUGAGAAAAUAGGUGAAAAGGGACUUAGUGUUGAGAAAAUUGGUGAAAAGGGACUCAAGGUUGAGAAAAUAGGUGAAAAGGGACUUAGUGUUGAGAAAUACAGGUGUUGCCAAGAAGUGAAUGAAAUUCUGGACUCCCUCUGUGAAGGACUUGGCCAUGGUGACCCCAUCGGAAUGGGCCUGGCUGUGGAGGUCUACAGGAGACAACUGGACCAAGAGGUCAGUGAAGCCGAACGCUUUCCAAGGUUUGAUCUCAACAAGGUACACACAUGUCACGUCCCAUCCAUAGGCCUCAAGGACCCUGCCAUUGUGUCAGGAUUUGGUUUGGAGGUGGACGUUUUACAGCUGACAGCCCUGCAGAAACAGGCACGACAUUGGGUCAUCAUGAUCAACGGUGAUCUGACACCUUCAUCCAGACACCAAGGAUACAAUGCAAGGCAAAAGACCUCACAAGUGGCUGAGUCGGGUCAAGAAUCUGGAGAUACUUGGCUGACCAAGACCUUGUCAAUUAUUCAAAAGUUGAAUAUCAACACCAUUCUCGUCAAAGGUUCCUCCAACCCUGAUCUACUUUCCAUCUGCCUCUCCCGUGAUAUUGCCAUCCUCGACCAUACCCCCUACAAGAUCCUCCAUGCAAUUUCCAUGGCAACCAACACAGAGCCAUUAAGUUACAUCACAGAUGCUACAAAGGUGAAUGUGACAUCUGAAGUAACGGUCCGUCCCUAUAGAGACGACUGGAUGUGCUGUCUGAGCAGUAGGGCCUAUGUCUGCAUUGAGCUGCCACUUCCCAUUCAGACUGUCAUGUUCUGCCACCCAUGCAAAGCAGUCGGCAUUCUCCGCGAGGAAAGUUUCUGGCAUUGUGCCAACCGUCUCGCGAAUACUGUAUCUUCAAACCGCGUUCUUCCCGGUUCUGGAGAAACGGAGAAACUGGUUCUGAAACUGUUAGAAAACGGUCAAGAUACGUCGUACAGAUCUGCCAUCUUCGAAGGAAUCGCGCUAGGAUUUCGGGACUAUGUUGAGAAAGUGGCUUCGAAUUCAUAUAACAUAUUCGUCCAAGCAGGUAUAUCACAUGAGGAUGUGUCCAGAGACAUAAGAAAUCCGUCCCAGGAGGUUAAUCAGGAAAUCACAGAAGUGAUGCAGAAUUCCGUCCAAACUUUCACAGACUCUAGCAGCAAAGAUGUUCCAAACUGUGUAACUCUGUCCGAUACCUCUGAUACUCCUGUGAAAAUGUCUAAGUAUUUUGAUGCAAAUUCUUGCAAUCAAUCCGUCCUAAGUCAUCGUGGAACUGAGCAACUAGAUUUAGACGUUUUAGGCAAUCAUACUCGUCUAGUUUUUGACGACUAUUUAGCCAAGAGAGAAGCGUGGCAAACGGCUGCUGAUUUCGUCUGCGGAAUUCUUCAGACUGAUAUGUAUGUUGUUACAGGCUUGGGAGACAGUGAAUCUCGUGCAAGGCAUUCAGUCCUUGGGCUUCUGUAAUACGUUUGUUAACCCAAAACUGAGACAUGUCCAUUGAUGUGCAUACCCAGAUUGGUUGAGCGAAACCCAGGAUGUCCUGAACAUUCUGAGGUUUAUGAUUUUCCAAAGAACUAGUUUGUUAUGUUUGUAUGAAUCAAUUGUGAUAAGAUCAAAAUGUGAUAUAUUGAGAAAUUCAAGAACAUAUUUUUGUAAUAAACAAAUUUUUC